AUGACUAUGAUAACUCUUGAAGACACCAACGGCCUGAACGGCCAUGCGGUGCAAAUGGAUUCGAAUACCAAUGGACAUACUACCAACGGUGUACAUACGAACGGCACCAACGGCGUCAACCAUGAGGUGCAUUAUACCGGCCAAAUCCCCAUCGCCAUCUGCGGAAUGGCCUGUCGUCUCCCCGGCGGCUUGACGACACCUGAUGAACUCUGGGACUUCCUCCUGGCGAAGAAAGACGGACGAUGCCGUGUCCCCGAGUCUCGGUAUAACAUCGACUCCUACUACUCAGACACAAAGAAACCCGGCACCGUCUCGACAGAGUAUGGGUACUUCCUCGACGAGAGCGUCGACGUCGGCGCCCUCGAUAUGUCAUUCUUCACCAUGACGCGAACUGAGGUGGAGCGAGCAGACCCUCAGCAACGACUGAUGCUGGAGGUAGCACGUGAGGCGUUUGAGGACGCCGGCGUGACGAACUGGAGAGGCAAGACGAUUGGCACAUAUAUUGGCAAUUUUGGAGAGGAUUGGUUAGAGAUGCUGGGGAAGGAGACCCAGCCAUGGGGUAUUCAUCGGAUAUCCGGCUCGGGGGAUUUCGUCGUUGCUAAUCGUCUAUCAUAUGAGUUCGAUCUGCAAGGACCGAGCAUGACAAUCCGCACUGCUUGUUCUUCAGCCCUGGUGGCUCUGAACGAAGCCUGCGCUGCCAUCAGCAGAGGCGACUGUGAAUCGGCGCUGGUAGGCGGAGUCAACUUGAUCCUCGCUCCCGGCAUGUCAAUGGCAAUGCAGGAACAAGGUGUGCUGUCAAGUGAUGGGUCGUGUAAGACCUUCUCCGCCGAUGCCAACGGGUAUGCCCGCGGCGAGGCAGUUACCGCAAUUUUCAUCAAGCCUCUGGCCGAUGCCCUGAGAGACGGCAACCCGAUCAAGGCUGUGGUGAGAGCCACAUCGCACAACGCAGAUGGAAAGACACCCACGCUGUCUCAACCCAGCACAGAUGUACAGGAAGCGCUGAUGCGGAGGGCGUACGAGCUCGGAGGCAUCACCGACUUUGGGGAGACCGCUAUGGUUGAAUGCCACGGCACCGGCACGCCGACGGGUGAUCCCAUCGAGACAAGAGCAGUGGCUCGGGUGUUUGGUGAGAAGGGCGUGUAUAUUGGAUCCAUCAAGCCCAAUCUCGGACAUACCGAGGCUGCGUCUGGCCUGGUAUCGCUGCUGAAGAUGGUGAAAGCCCUACAACAUCGCGUUAUCCCGCCAAACAUCAAAUUCACCAGCCCUAAUCCCAACAUUCCGUUCGAGGACGGUAAGCUUACGGUGCCUACUGAGGCACUGCCUUGGCCCAAGGACAGACUAGAGCGGGUCAGUGUCAAUUCGUUUGGUAUUGGUGGUGCAAACGCCCAUGUCAUCCUGGAAUCGGCCGCUACCUAUAACGUCCCGGCUGCAUUUCAUGAAACUCCUGAGACACCACAGCUGCUAUUAUUCACAGCCAACUCCUCCAAGUCUAUCACACGGCUGGUCGACGACUACAAGGCGUGGAUCGAGCAGAACCCGGACAAAGUGAGUGAUCUCGCCUAUACCCUGGCGCGUAGAAGAGAGCAUCUACCCCACCGAGCAUUCGCAAUUGUCAACAGCGGGGUGAUCGAAAAUCUCUCCCAACCGGUAAACUCGAAGUCAGCGAAACCGCCCAGCAUCGUGAUGGUCUUUACCGGUCAGGGCGCACAAUGGCCCCAGAUGGGGCGGGAGCUGCUGCGGUCCAACCAAGUGUUCAGAUCCACCAUCCGGGCCCUCGACCAGCACCUGCAGACCAUUGCAGGCGAGAAGCCCCAGUAUUCAAUCGAAGAGGAACUAAAGAAGCCUGCCAAGAGGAGCCGCCUGUCUCAGGCUGAGUACUCCCAGCCGCUCUGCACUGCGAUUCAGAUCGCACUGGUUGACACUCUCAAGGCUGCGGGUAUCGUCCCAGAGGCUGUUGUGGGCCAUUCCAGUGGUGAGAUAGCUGCUGCCUACGCCGCCGGUGCACUGACAGCUGGUGAGGCUAUCACCGCUGCCCACCACCGCGGAGCCGUGACAAGCAGACAGAAGAGGGUAGGGACCAUGGCAGCGAUCGGAAUGGGCUGGACAGAGACUGAGAAGUACCUCGCCCCGAACGUCGCGAUUGCCUGUGACAACUCGCCCAAGAGCGUCACGAUCUCUGGCGAUAUUGACGCCGUGAAAUCGGUCGUUGCGGCUAUCAAAGACGAACAGCCACAGAUGCUGGCCAGACUCCUCCAGGUCGACAAGGCCUACCAUUCAUACCACAUGAAGGAGAUUGGAGACGAUUACCAGGCCUUGAUUGGCGAGGAGGUUAUUGGUAGGGCACCGUCGGCGCUCUUCUUCUCCAGUGUGACCGGAGGUCUCCUGAGUGCGGAGCAAACCAUCGGAUCAAAGUACUGGCAAGACAACCUGGAGUCCCCGGUACGGUUCCGCGAGGCCAUCACAGCUAUUCUGAAGCACGACGUUGGAAAGAACGCCGUCUUCCUGGAGGUCGGUCCCCAUGGCGCUCUCGCUGGACCAUUGCGCCAGAUCUUCACGCAGGCUGCGUCGCCUGCACCGUACGUAGCCGCCAUGGUGCGCAACCAGGACUGCACCACAUCCUUUCUCUCCGCUAUUGGCGCCCUGCACUCACUCAACGUCAACGUGGACCUCGAGGCACUUUUCCCCACGGGCUCCUGUCUGUCAGACCUGCCGCGCUACCCCUGGAACCACGAAGGUAGCUACUGGUACGAGUCCCGCCUCAGCAAGGAAUGGCGCAACCGCAAGGCUCCACACCACGAUCUGCUCGGUGCGCGCGUGGCCGAGAGCAGCGACAGCGAGCCUGUCUGGCGGAACUUGUUCCACGUCACCAACGCGCCAUGGAUCCGCGACCACAAAGUCGGCGAGAACAUUGUCUUUCCGUUCUGCGGAUACAUUGCCCUUGCCGGCGAGGCUGUGAGACAGCUGACUGGCGUCGAAGAGGGGUUCAGCGUGAGGAACAUCAUUGUCAGCACGGCGCUGGUGCUCAGCGAGGGCAAGCCGACGGAGAUGAUGGCCAGUUUCCGGCCGCACCGGCUGACAAACUCGCUGAACAGCGCGUGGUGGGAGUUUUCCGUCUCGGCGUACAAUGGGCGGAACUGGACGAAGCACUGUACGGGAGAAGUCUGUGCGCAGUCAUCGGCGCCUGAGCAGGCGCAGGAUCCAGAGGCCCUGCCACGCAAGCUGAAUGUGAGGAAGUGGUAUGAGAAGAUGGGCAAGGGAGGUCUCAAUCUGGGAGGUUCGUUCCAGACUCUUGAGACGAUGUCGACGUCGACGGCCGAUCAACGGGCUGUGGGCAAGGUGGCCAACGGACGCCAGGGCGAUGAAGCCAACUACUAUAUCCACCCUACCGUCCUUGACGGAACCCUGCAAAUCCUGGGCGCCGCAGCGGUCAAUGGCUACGGGCGCAAAACCAAGACCUGGCUCCCAACGAGCAUUGACAAAAUCACUGUCUUUCGGUGCGGAUCAGACCUGACGACUAGUGUUUCCGCCAAGCUGUCAAGCAACUUCUCAGUUGUUGGAAACGGCCGCUGUACGUCCGGUGGCACAACAGUCGUGGAAGCCACUGGCAUCCGCAUGUCACUUGCCGACGGCGCCGGCCUUACAGACACUCCUGACUCUCACGCCGCCUCAAGAUGUGAAUGGAGACCUGACAUUGACUUCUUGAGCGUCCAGGAGCUGCUUUCCCAGCCGAGCGGCCGUGCCGACUACUUGCGCCUGCUGGAGGAGCUCGGAGAUAUCUACCUGCUCUUGUCCCAGCACCGCUUAUCCGAAUCGCCCAGCAAUUCGAUCCACCCGCAUCUGCAGAAAUACAUCGCCUGGGUCGGCGCUCAAAUCGACUCGAUUGCCUUCAGGCUGCCGUCGACAUGGACAGGCCUUGACCACGAGGCAAUCUCCGCUCGCAUCGACAGGAUUAUAAACGAGCUGGCAGGCACGGCAGCCGCACCGGUCGCCAAUGCCCUGCAUCAAAUCUGCACAAAGAUGGACCCCAUCCUCUCCGGCGAGGGUCUAGAGAGUAUUCUCCCAGAGGGCGCGCUGGCCCAAGUCUACAGCUUUGCAGGGCAGCUUGACCGGAGCGAGUUCCUUCGCAAUCUGAGCCACUCGAAACCGAACAUCCGCAUUCUGGAGAUCGGAACGGGCAAAGGCGGAUCUUUGCACAGAGAGAUUCUUGCGGAGUUGACUCGACCUGAUGGAGAGGUGCUCUGCGCCAAGUACACGCUGACUGCUCCUGGAUACGUGGUGGCUACAUCCCAGGAGAAGCUCUUCCCGAACAUGGAGUUUGCCAGCCUGGAUAUCAGUCAGGAUCCGUUUGACCAGGGAUUCGAGGAAGGUGUCACGUACGAUCUGAUCAUUGCUGUGAAUGCUCUGCAGGACGCCGAGGACGUCCAGCAGAGCUUAGCAAAUGUGAGGAAGCUUCUCCGCCCCGAUGGGAGAUUGCUUCUGCAGGAGCUGUGCCCGUCAUCCAGGUGGCUCCCGUAUAUACUCGGCGUGCUUCCAAGUUGGUGGUCCGGCUCUGCCGAUGGGGUAAGCGAUUCGGCGUAUCUGAGCACGGAGGCUUGGGAAGAAAAGAUUGUUGCUGCUGGCUUUGGCGGCGUCGAGGCUGUGGCUUCGGAUGCAGAAGCCCCCCAUCAGAUCACGACUACCAUGAUCGUUCACCAAGUCCAGGAACCGCCCGCGAAGGAGAUCACAGUCCUGCUCGAGGAAGAUGGACCUGCUGUAGCUCAAAUUGUGAGCCAGCUAGAAAGCCAGGGCUACAAAGUCACAAAAUGCCAACUACACGAUGUCGCCCCAGCUGGCCAAGACGUGCUGUCACUACUGGACGUCGAGAAGCCGUUCUUUCACGAGCUCGACGAGGCCCGCUACCUGUCUUUCAAGGCCUUCCUCCUCGGACUCCAGGAGCGCGACGCAGGCAUGCUCUGGGCCACACAUCUCAUCGACAUCGGCUGCCACGAUCCCCGGUAUGCGCAGGUGCUCGGCUUCGCCAGAACCGUCCGCACCGAGCAGCUCGCUGAGUUGGGUACUUGCCAAGUUGAUUCUUUCGUCGACCCCAAGUCCAUCGGCCAGCUCAUUCAGGUACUUGGAAAGUUCCAGACCCGCCAGGGAGACGAGGAGCUCAACCCGGACUUCGAAUGGGCUAUUUUCAAUGACCGCGUGCAAGUCGCACGCUUCCACCCCUUCGUCCUCGCCGAUGAGCUUCUUGUCGCGGAGGACUCCAACGAGAUAGCCACGCUGAAUGUUCGUACCCCAGGCCGGGUGAACAGUCUGCACUACGCGCGUCAUGCACGAAAGGAUCUCGACGCGGAUGAAGUGGAGGUGCAAGUGCACUCUGCCGGGCUGAACUUUAGAGAUAUCCUCGUCGCUCUCGGCAUUGUCGAACUCCCCGUGCGUCUCUUCGGUAUCGAAGCGGCGGGCAUUGUCACCCGCGUCGGAGCAGACGUCAGCCCCGACGACCUCCAGGUCGGUGAUCGGGUGGUCUGCUUCUGCAGGAAAGACGCCUUUUCGACUUACACGACCACGCUGGCUGCUGUCUGCGUGCGUAUCCCCGACCGCCUCACCUUUGACCAGGCGGGCACGAUGCUCAUCCCGUACUUUACGUCGAUUCACUCGAUGGUGAACGUGGGACGCGUCACUAAAGGACAUUCUGUCCUGAUCCACAGUGCAUGUGGUGGUGUCGGUCUGGCAGCCAUCCAGGUUGCCCAGAUGCUGGAGGCCGAGGUCUAUGCUACAGUAGGCAGCGAGGAGAAGGUCAAAUAUCUCGUAGAGAAUUACGGUAUUCCACGGAACCGACUCUUCAACUCCCGCGACAAGUCCUUCGUGGACGGGGUCAUGCGCGAAACAAAUGGCCGUGGAAUGGACUUCAUCCUCAACUCCCUGUCUGGCGAGUUGCUGCACGCUACGUGGAGCUGUGUCGCCGAGUUCGGCACAUUGCUUGAGAUCGGCAAACGCGAUCUGAUCGGGGACGGCAAACUGGAUAUGAAGCCCUUCCUGGCGAACCGCAACUACUGCUGCGUCGACAUCGACGGUCUCUGGAAGAGGAUCCACGUCGCGCGUGCGCUGAUCUUCUCCAUCCUGGAUUUCUACGACAAGGGUCAUAUCUCGCCGCUGCCGACUACCAUCUUCCCCGCUGCUCAGACGCAGGAUGCAUUCCGGUUCAUGGAGAAGGGCCAACACAUCGGCCGAGUUGGCGUUUCGUUCAAGCGUGCUGAUGGUGAAGCCGAGCUCGCACUCGACACUACCAAGAGAUCCCUCACUGUUUCGUUUGACUCUGCCGCGUCGUACCUCAUGGUCGGUGGGCUCGGUGGAAUUGGCCGCGCCGUAUCCACUUGGAUGGUCGACCACGGGGCCCGCGAGCUGAUCUAUCUAUCCCGCAGUGCCGGUCUGACGUCAAAGGACGACGCCUUUGUCGAAGAGCUGCACAGCAUGGGCUGCGCCGUCACGCUUGUGGCCGGUGAUACCACCAAGCUCGAGGACGUAGAGCGGGCCAUUGCCGCGGGCAUGUACCCACUCAAAGGUAUCGUCCAAAUGUCGAUGGUGGUAGCCAACGAGAACUACACGCGAAUGAGCUUUGACGAGUGGACGGCGUCGACGGCACCCAAGGUGCAAGGAACAUGGAACCUGCACAAUGCGUCUGUGUCCGCGGGCGUGGAUCUCGACUUUUUCGUGAUGUUCAGCUCGGUGUCCGGUAUCGUCGGACAGGCGGGCCAAGCCAACUAUGCCAGCGGGAACAGCUUCCUGGAUGCGUUCGCCCAAUACCGGAACGGCCUGGGUCUGGCUGCCUCGGUGGUAGACAUGGGCGCCGUCGAGGACGUCGGCUGGAUCUCAGAGCACCAGGGAAUGAUGGGUAAGAUGUCGCGGAGCGGCUUCAAGCCCGUGCUGGAGCAAGAGGUCAUCGAUGCGAUGGCGAUCUCGAUGCUGGUGCACAACAAGCCCAACCCAGCCGUCGAGGAAGCCCUCGCGACCACAUCCAAGAACGCUUCAUAUUUCGUGCACAAAAACACCUUCCUCGUCGGCCUCGCCUUGCUCAUCCCGCUGCACGAUCCCAGCAACUACGUGAUCUGGAAGAAGGACCGCCGCAUGGCGUCGUAUCACAACAACUCCACUGUUGCCGCCACUGCAGCUUCAACGGAUGUCCUCAAGUCAUACCUGAGCAGCGCCAGAGCGGAUCCGUCGAUGCUCAAGUCGGUUGAGGCAUCGAAGCUCUUCGCGGUGGAAAUCGGUAAGAAGCUGUUCGAUCUGCUGCUCAAGCCGCAGGAGGAGCUGAACACCAGUUGGCCGCUGCUCGAUCUCGGCCUGGAUUCGUUGGUAGCGCUGGAAUUACGUGCUUGGAUCAAGCAGGUCUUUGCCUUUGAUCUUCCCAUGCUGGAGAUGAUGAGUAUUGGGUCCUUGGAUAUUCUGGGCCAGUAUGCCGCAAAUGAGGUUUACCGGAUUGCGACGGAGCAGAACGAGAGCUAG